GCUAUGGGCGAUAUUGAUAUCGGUAGCACUGAGGCUAUAAGAAGGCUUAAUAAUAUUGGUAUCGGCAAUAUUAAGGGUUUGAGUGUUGGUGUUAGUAUUAACUGCAUUAAGGUUAUGAGCGGUAUUGAUAUUGGUAGCAUUAAGAAUAUGAGUAGCAGUGUUGAGGCUAUAGGCAAUGUUGAUAUUGGUAGCACUGAGGCUAUAAGAAGGCUGAAUGAUAUCGGUGUCGGCAAUAUUAAGGGUUUGAGUGUUGGUGUUAGUAUUAACUGCAUUAAGGUUAUAAGUGGUAUUGAUAUUGGUAGCAUUAAGGAUAUGAGUAGCAGUGUUGGAGUUGGCUACACUAAUGUUGGAGUCUUGGAUGAUAGCAGAUAA